AUGGGCGAUGACAUGGCGGCGGCGCGGGGCUUCCGCGUGCUCUUGCGUCUGCGCGAACCGCCGCCUGGCGCAACGUCGGUGCUGCUGCCGUCCAUCGACGGCGUGUCCGACGGCCUCUGCCUCGCACCAGCCGAGAAGCGAGUGCUGUGGGCCAAACACGGCGCCACCAAGGCGCUGCAACUCGACGGUGUCUUCCCGCCCGCGACGCCGCAUGGCAUCGUGUACGACACGCUCGCUGAUUACAUCGGCGCAGUGCUCUCGGGGCGCGACUGCAGCAUCGUCGCCUAG